AAUAGUCUCCCAAGAAAAAAAUUAUGCAAAGAGAUAAUCAAUAGAUUUUUGCAGAUAGAACAUGUGGAUGACCAAACACCCGUGGAUGUUUGAGGAAGCAUCAGCAGAAAUAAUAAAAUUAUUUCCGAAUGAGCAGAAGGAAACAUAUUAUAUUCCCUAUAAGAAAAAAUCUGCAACUAGUCCAAAAAAGGCACCCAAGGGACGCUUAUGGUCUAGGUACCAUAACGUAAGAAAUUUAUUAAGAAUUACAGAAAAGACAACAAGCACAUCUAAAAAGAUUCUUUUCCGAGAAGACACCAAUGGAAAUGAAAUAUUAAUAGAUCAUUCCGAAGAUACCAAAAACUACCAAUUACUGCAUACAGUUUUGGAACCAAAAACGAGAGUUAUAGAAUUGUGGAAAGCUACUUUAAAAUUUAGGAAAACUCAUUUCAAAAAUCUCACGAUAGAAGAAAUUUUCGAUGAAGUACCUGCACUGAAGACUGAUAUCGGAUCAGAACUGAUCGACUCUGAGUUUUGCGAAAAAUUCCCUGAAAAUUCUAAUAAUGUGUACUUGAAGUGGCCUUCUUUAUCAAAUGCAAUACUGAAAGAAUCAGAACAUAGAAAAAUAAAAGCAGUAGAGCACUCUGCUGAUGUUGGUGAGUAUUUUCUAUACACCUAA